AUGAUGAUAAUACUUGUCAUUAUAUUCUCUACAAACCAAUAAGCUACGAUUUAUGAGUUUAUUGUGGAUGGAUGGUAAGGUAAUUCGAAUUUUUAUACUUGUUCAAAUAUUGAAAAUUUUGGGUCUCCUUAUAGAUAUGACUUUAUUAAAAUAAAAUAGAUAUCUUUUAUUAUAGCAGGAUUUUUUUAGACUUAGAUCCUCAUUCUCAUAGACGCCCAAUAUAUAAGGUAUUAAAUUAUUCUUAGUGACAAAAGUAUUAAUAUCAAUUAACCACCUUUUUUAGAAGAGAAUAUUUUGGAUUAAGUUAAGGGUAAGUGGCAUCAGUUAGAAGAAGGAUCAUUAGUAGUGGACUAAUUGGAUAUUUGUAUAAUAUUUCUAUUACCCAACACCAUAACAGAAGAAAUGCCUAGAUAAUUGCUUACCUUUAAGAAUGGUUAAUAUCAUUAAAACUAAGUAUCAUUAAUGUUAGUUUGA